AAAUAGUUUUUAAGUUAGUUAUAACGUGGGGGUACACAAGACAAAUCAGACUCCUGAAACGGAUACAGUAGUCUGGAAAGGUUGAGAGCCACCGUAUUAAGCUCUAUUACGCUGUUGUCUUCAGGGACACGGUAUCCUUCUGACCACAUCAGUGAUUCCUACCCAGAGUGAUAUGGAAGUCAGAGACCAAUCAGGCUAUUCAUCUGCUAGUUUUCCACCUUAGACCCCAUCAGACUAGGUGAAUGCUGCUAUUCACACCUUAGAUGUUAGGAGAUCACUAGCCUAUUAUUUGGACAGGAUUAAACCGUUUAGAGCCUCCCCAAGACUCUAUCUACAGUGGACAGAGCUAAGGGAACACCAGUGUCCACACAGAGACUAAGUGGAUUUCCAGCUGCAUGCUCUCCUGCUAUGCAGUUGCUAGGGGGACAUACCCACCUAGGGUCAUAGCCCACUUGACAGAUCUCAGUGCACAUCUGUUGCCCUAUUUCAGUGGUCCCCAAACUUUUUACCUCGUGCCCCCUCCUUUACUCCUGUCCAAGUCCUGGAGCUGUGGCUCCGGGAGGGAUGCAGAAAGGGGUAAGGAAGCUGGGGCUGGAAGCCAGGCCCCAGCCCUGCCCCCUGAACAUUCCUGGGGCGGGGGCAAUGCACCUCACAGAUUGGGGACCUCUGUGCUACUGAAUGAUGUUCCUAUUGUGGAAAUUGACAACGCUGCUACAUGGGCCUUUGUUCACAUCUCCUCAAGGCACUAUGCCUUGGUGCAUGCCUCUCAAGCAACUGUCAGAGCGCCUGCAAUGGAAAUAGUGGGGACUGGAGUGACUGGGAUCUAGCCAGGGAGCUCAGGAUCAGCUCAGAAGCAAGAUCUGGAGGGGCUGGAACAGGCAGGAAUCCCCAGGACCCUCUUUCCUAGCCUGGAACUGGCUGCACCACCCCAGCCAAGUCUUGUACCUCCCCUCACUGCCCCCAUUCCCAUUCGAAUGGAGCUUCUGCCCCCAAUCCAUGCUACCUUUUCAUUCUGUAAAGUUCUAGGACCAAGUUCUAAAGUUCCCACCUCAUUCAGAGGGUUCUGUAUGGGCAUCACAUCAAGUGAAGCACCCAUAAGGACACUACUCAAAGGGAGAGUGGUUACUUACUUUGUACUGUAAUGAGUUUUUUUUUUUUGGUGAUUUGUGUUCCUGUGGGUGCUCUAUUACUGCCCUCCUUUCCCUCUGCUUCAGAAUUUCAUCUCCAUGGGACUGUAGUAGAGAAGGAAGUGAGGCUGGUUUAUCUGUUGUAGCCCUCUGUAUAGGUCACAAUAAUUGCUAAAGCACCUGUGCUCCCUGAAUGAGCACUGCUGCUGAAAAUCACUGUUUGAAGGCUCAUGUAUACCUCAUGUGGAGCACCCAUAGGGGGACACCUCUCAAAGAAUUCCAGUUACUGUACAAGGUUAGUAACCUUUCCAUAGGUAUUUUUCUCAACUUUUCUAGAAAGUUGUUUUGUUUUAUAGCGAGAACUAACUUUAAUAGAAGUGAUGGCUUCUCCUAGAAACAUAAAUAUAACUAAUUUGUCUUUGCAUACAACUUUCCAAACAAAGAAAUGUCCAUCUAUGCCAUGGUCAGAAUAGGAUUUGGAUAGAUAAGUUUCCUUAGAUGAAUGAGUUUUGAUAUGGAAAAGAGGUCCAGCAACCUCCUCUACUGCAUGCUGAAAGAAUAUUUAAUAUAGCGUUUCAGUAAUACUGCACCCAAGUCAGGUUAAAAAAUAGAGAUUAAAUGGGGAUAAACAUCAGAGAAAUUGUGAAAGAGGUGGUUAUAUUCAUAUGAUGGACAUGUCUAGUGUGACUAGUAGGGUGUAAUUUAUAACCAAAUUCUAUAAAUGGUUGGAUAUUUAUUACCACAUCUUCCACAGGCUUCCUUGUGGAAAUGGGCCCAUUCAAACAAAUCAAUUACUCUUAUUUACUACUAGCUCUACUACUGAAGGCCUCUGACGGGCAAAAGAAAAAUUGUCAAAAAACUCAAGGAAUGGUUCCAACAAAAUUAGGAAGUUACAGAAAAAAUAACCCAUCAAUUAUGUACCCAACAAAACUAGACAACACAAAUAAAUGGUUUAGUUACUAUUUAUUCAAUAAUCAAAGUACACAUGUCCACAAAACAGUCCAUGUCCAAUUUUUUUAAUAAUGUUUGAUAAGUUGUCAAUUUUCCUCCUUUAAAUAACUGCUCCAGAAACAACAGUCUCUCUAAAACAUUUAGGCUUACACCUUAACAAUAGCGCUUUGACUAUGAUUCUAUGACUGCGUAUUUCUUUACAUUAAAGCGUUCAUUAUAAUUGUUUUACUUCUGUUUACAUUAUGUUUUGUAAAGGUGUUAAAACUCCCUGAUAUAAAAAGCUUGUGCCAAUUUCUACAGUUCCUUUACUGACUGCAUUCACCUUAGCUUGUCAAGGAGAGGCGUGAAACGUAGUUUCCCAUUUAUUCUGAAGGCUGCAGUUUGGGCAUUAAACCAGGCUCUGUGCUGCUUGUUUAAAAAUGUAAAAAUACGUGGAAAAGUUUUUUAGGGCCAAGUGGUGACCCCCUUUUAACGUAAUUCUAGGCUUAGGGCUCGUGCCCCGUAACCGUUUUUUAACAAGUGUAAGGGCCGGAGCGGGCAGCGCUACCUCUACCCGGCCCGAGCACGAAGCGGACACGUCCCCUCGGAAGGGGACAGGGCGGCUCACUGAACGCUGCACAGUGAUGCAGCCGCCAUAGCUCCCUGCGGUGACGUAGGGGAGCGAUAGCAGCACGCCCGGCGUUUAUGGUGACCCGUUAAUAUCUUCCCCCUGACUUGCCAUUUCGGGGGGUCUGGGGGAUUAAUCCGUCUUCCUGCCCAUCACCCGGUUGCCACGGACCUGGCCCAGCCGCACCUGUCCCUCCACACGCCGGCGGGGCCUCUCCCGGCCUUGCCGAACGGCGCGGCUGCUGGGCGGGCCGCAGUGUGCCCAACUGGGCCCUCAGCGGGGUUUCCGGCCCUGGCACCUGGGAAGGAAGCAGCAAGAACUAGGAACUAGUUCUUUCGCGGAGCAAGACGUCUUCUUUCCGCAUAGGCAGUCACGAGACGCUGUGCUGCCUUACAGGAGCAACCGCUGUUCCGAGGGGAAUCCCGGAUCCUUGCGCCCCGAGGCCCAGGCCGAAUUGAGUCCCGGCCACAGGAGGCGGGGCUAAGCCGGCAGGACCCCAGGCGCCCGCACCUAGCCAUGGAGCGGGAGCUCGGAGCUUGGAGUGAAAAUGUAUUGGAUUAUUUUCUGAACGCUAACCAGAUUAAAACCAGAGAUGGAGCAGAAAUCAUCUGGUAUCAUGCAGCAAACAAUAGAUCACAAAUGAAAGAGGCAAUACAAAGUGCUGCUCAUAUGGUAGAAGCAGAUAUUCUUCUUUGUGGUGAGGAAGAAGGAAAUGGUGAACCAAUCAUGGCUCAUCCUCCUGAAACAAACAGUGACAACACAUUGCAGACAUGGCUAAAUGAGAUUGUGAACACUAAAAAAGGCAUCAAGCUGGAUUUUAAGAGUCUAGCAGCGGUGAAGCCCUCUAUGAAGCUUCUUGAAGGCAUAAAGUUGCAUCUGAGGCAACCUGUCUGGAUUAAUGCAGACAUUCUCCCUGGACCUAAUGGAAGUAACACUGUCGUGGAUGCAAAAAGAUUUCUAGACACUGUAACUUCAUUCUGCCCGGAUGUGACCUUAUCGUUGGGCUGGACAACUGGGUGGCAGCCUCAACAAUGCAAUAAAGGAUACAGUUGGGCAAUGGUGAAAGAGAUGGCUCAGAUAUGUGACACACUUACUCAGCCUGUAACAUUCCCUGUUAGAGCAGCUUUGGUACGACAGUCAAAAUCUGAGUUGCUCUGGUUAUUACAAAAGUCAAACAGGUACAGCCUGACUGUUUGGACAGGAAUGCAUGAUGAGUACUCCAUAGAAGACCUGCUCUACCUCAGAGAGAACUUUGAUAAAAAAAGAUCCAAAAACUCUGUGAUAUCUCGUCAAAGACUAUCCAGUUGGGUCUCUUGUUGCAUUAAUCACUUAUCAAGGGCGCAACUUACUUCCAUCCAGAGUCCAUACGCACUCCACGAGGUCAGUUUCUACCUCAAUCACAUUCCAUAGGAAUACCCCUGUCUCAGCAAUCUAUAGAGUAAUGACUUGGGCCUCUGCCCAUACUUUCGCAGAACAUUAUGUGAUCACUGAAGAUUUGGCCGCUCACACCAUCUUUGACUCCACAGUACUCUCUGUAGUAAAAGACUCCACUCCGAAGUCCCAGCCUCCAGUGGUGGGUAUUGCUCAGGAGUCACCUACAGUUGAGCACCCAUAGGGACCCUACUCGAAGAAGAGGAAAUUACUCACCUUGUGCAGUAACUAUGGUUCUUUGAGAUGUGUGUCUCUAUGGGUGCUCCACAACCCACCCCCCUCCCCUCUACUUCAGAGUUCUCUAUAGUGCUCUGCGGUAGAGAAGGAGGUGGGGGGGGGUAGGGGGGGUUUUCGCCCGUGCAGUGCUAGAUAACCUCAAGGCAGACCACAAGGGAGGGAGGGCACAUGUGCAGGCUCAACGGGACACUGCUACCAAAAAUCUCCGAUUAGAGGCGCAGGGGCACACAUACACCUACAGUGGAGCCCCCAUAGGGACACACAUCUUGAAGAACCAUCGUUACUGCACAAGGUGAGUAACUUCCUCUUCACAGACUGCUCUACAUCUGCCUUUAUACUUGGCCACCAAUCUGCUAUUUGCAGCCUAUCAAAGGUUUUAUCUAUUCCCAUAUUCCCAUUGUCAUGUACUAAGGAUAUUAUUUCAGUUGUAAUUUCUGUUAGGACUUCCCAUACAGACAUAUUAUCAUUUAUUUUAAUAGCUAAUAUCAACCCUGUUUCAUGUUGCCAAAUUUUCCAUCCUUGGUGUGUUUCUUUUGAUACUAAUUUUUGUAUUUCAGGAUCUUUUCUUUGUAAAGCCACUAAAUCAAUUGUUCUACCUUUUCUCCUUCUGUUUUUGUUAUUGGGGCCAACCGGACUUUUGGUUGCCAUGUUAUCCCUCCUUGGCUCUUUCCUUAGCCUGUCCAUCUGCCUUCUUAUUCCAUUGAGCUCCCUCAACAUUUUUCUUAUGAGCUUUUACUUUACCCAUUAAUACGGAUUGAGGUCUUUGUUGUGCUAGAUCCCAUAAAUACAUUAACUUGUCAGUAUGGGCAAUGGGUUUACCAUCUGCUGAUUUCCUGCCUCUUUUUUGCCACUGAGGCAUCCAGUCUACUUUGGCUCUUAAUACCCAUUCAGAAUCCGUAAAAAUAGUCACGGUUUCAUUUGUUGGCAUAUUUUCCAAUGGUACUACACCUCUACCCCGAUAUAAUGCGGUUCUCGGGAGCCAAAAAAUCUUACCGUCUUAUAGGUGUGACCACGUUAUAUCGGGGGAGGGAGAGGAACCGCUCCCUGCCCCAGCUCACCUCCGCUCUGCCUCCACCUCCUCCCCGAGCGCGCUACCGCCGCUCCGCUUCUCCCCCCACCUUCCAGGCUUGCCGCACCAGUCAGCUGUUUGGCGCGGGAAGCCUGGGAGGGAGGAGAAGCGGAGCUGCGGCACGCUAGUGGGAGGAGGCAGAGGUGAGCUGGGGCAGGGGGGGCGCAGCAAGUAAGGGGGGGGGCGCAGAGGAACCGCUUGCGGUAACAUGAAUUCGGAUAUAACGAGGUAAAACAGCCCUGCUCCCCGGAGCGCUGCUUUACUGCGUUAUAUAGGAAUUCAUGUUAUAUCGGACCACAUUAUAUUGGGGUAGAGGUGUAUUACAGCUACAAUUUCAGCAGUUUGUGCUGAAUGAGAUAAACAUGCUCUCUUAAUAACUCUUUCAUCAGAUAUCUUCACAUCUGUAUAUCCCAUAUAUGCCUUCCUUCCUCAUAAUAGCUAGAUCCAUCCACAAACGAAAUCACAUCUACUGAAUCUAUAACCUCGCCUAGGAUUGCUCCACCUUGAAACAAUGUUGGUCCUUCAAGAGGAAUUUCUGGUAAAGGACAUUCAUGUUGUUCCCCUUCUAUUAAAAGACACUAAGGAACUGGAGAUAAGUUUGGAAUCUUUUCCAUGAUUAUAUUCUUAUUCAACAAGGCUAAUGUUCAUUUUGCUAACCUGGGACUAGAGACAUGCUCGUCAUUAAUCUUUCCUGUUAGUGCAUAUUUUACAGGUGAAUGGGAUGUUUUUAAAAGCAUUGGGGAUAACUGAUAUUGGGAUAAGAAUCUUCGAGGCAUAUGCUACUGGUUGAGGACCUGUACCAUUGUUUUGACUUAAAACAGCACUCAUGCCUGUGCUUGUAGUAGCCAACUGUAAUAUAAAAGGUUGUCCUACUUUUGGAUAUGCUAAAGUUGAGUCUUGAGCUAAUGCUCUUCUAAGAUGAGUGAAAGCUUCUUGCUGUUCUGAUCUCCACUCCCAUCUAUUCCCUUUCUUUAAUAACCUUUCUUUAAUAACUGACACAAUGGACUAGCUUUUUCUGCAUAAUCCUCUAUAAAAUCUCUAGAGAAGUUAGUCAUCCCUAAAAACAACCUUAAAGUGGAUACAUCUGUUGGACCUGGCAGUUUUUGUAAUAAUUCAACCCUUUGUUUGUUAGUUGAUCGCCCUUCCUGUCCUAAUGUUAUUCCCAGGUAGUUGACUUGUUGGCAUAUUUGAGCUUUUUCUGGACUGACUUUGAACUCUGUUUCUUUUAUUUUUUGUAACACUUGGUCUAAUAUUUCCAAAUUAUCUUCCUUAGAUUUUGUGCUGAUAAGGAUAUCCUCUUCAUACAAUAUGAUGAUAUCCUUAUUGGGCAUUUUAUCCCACAUUUUAUUCACAUGCAUAUGACAGAUAGCAGGUGAGUUAUGAAAUCUUUGGGGGGUUCAAAUGAAGCAGAACUGUCUUCCAUAGAAUGUAAAGGCAAAUUUGUACCAGGAGUCUGGAUGUAAAGGGGUAGCAAAAAAUGCAUUGGCUAAAUCUAAAACAGUGGACCACCGUGUUCCUCCCAUAAUGGAAGCAAUCAUUUCUGAAUACUUUGCUACUGCAGGAGCAGUCACUGAGGUUACUUUAUUCAGAGGCCUCAGAUCGAUGGUUAACCUCCAGGUUUUACCAUCUGUCUUUAAAACUGGCCAAAUAGCAGCAUUAUUUGUGCUCUGUUGUUCUACUAUAACUCCUUGAUCCAAAAGUCCUUGAAUAGUCUUUAUUAAACUGAGUUCUGCUUCUUUCGGAUAUUUAUACUGUCUUUGGGGUGGAGAUCAGGCCCAGUAAUCAGCACCUCUGUUUCUAUGUUUCCACAUUUGCCUUUAUUAGUAUCCCAGACCUCUUUAUGCUUUUGUCCAAUUUGCGAAACUUCUGCUGACCAAUCAGGCCAUUUCAGUUCUUCUUCUGCUUUAAUAGUAGCUAACCUAUACCCUGCUUCAAUAAAAAUUGGUUGAUCUAUGGUUCUAAUUUUAUCAAAAGGUAUUUCCCAUAACACCUUAUUUACUAAAUCUACUGUUACUCUAAGCUUUUUUAAUAUAUUAACACCGAUUAUUCCAUUGCCACCUAAAUUUAUUAAGCUGAACUAUUCCCUAACUUGUUUUGUCCCUAACUGAAAAUGAACUGGAGCACUAAACGGUACUUUACUCGUUGUUUCAUUAAAUCCUUGUAGCUUCCUUGUUAUUACCAGGGGUCCAAAUAAAUUUUUGUUUCUAACUAAAGAAACUGUGGCACCCAUAUCUAUUAACAUAUUUUGUCUAAUCGCUCCCCUAUUAAAUUCCACAUAAACAGUGGGUCUCCCCCAGUUAUUUGUUUGUAAAUGUGCCACAAAAACAGCAUGUUCUUUUGCUGAUAUCAGUGAGAUGGGGGCGCUCAGCCUCCCUAUACCUAAUCUUUGAGACAUGAUGGAGCUGUAAGUAUGCUUCUUUCAUGGUUGGCUAACCUUUGAAGCAAUUUUUUGGUGGGUAAACCAUUAAUUUCCAGGUUUGUGAUGUAACAAUUUUCUUCCAAGCCAAUUCAUUCCUAAAUCACAAACUUUUCUCUUUCCAUGAGGAACAAACUUUUUAUUUUUAUUUUCUUCUUUUCUUAAUUCUUCUUUAUUUUGUCUGCUUUGCUGCUUUCCUUUUUCCUUUGGAUCAUUAUUGGAAAACUUCACCAUUGAUACCCUGGGGGGGGUAUCUUUUUUGGGGGUAACAUGGUUCCCUUAGUAUUUUGUUUUCUUUUAAAGGCUGGAAUUUUUCCCUCUGUAUUUCAUGUAGUCUUUUCACUUUUUCCUCUAUUUCCUGUAAUGUAGUGGUUUCUGGAUGGUCAGAAAUGAUAACCAUUCUUAAUGCUGAAUUAAACCCUAACAAUAAAGCUCUUUUAAAUUGAACUACAUCAUAUAUUAUCUCUUCGUUGUUGUUUUUCCCUAUGGAACCACACAACCAGGUCUUCAUUAGGGAAGAAAAAUUUCAAGAUUUCUUCCUGUAUCUUGUUUUUAUCUCUUUGUCCUCCACACUGUAUUUCAUAGGGAAGUCCAGCAAAAUCUUCUGAAUGUAUACAUUCUUUUAUUAGAGCUGAGAAGUUACUCCCUGUUAACCCAGGCAUUCCUGAUGUGUUAGCUAACCAUCGAACUACUGUACUUCUAGUUAGGGGACGCAUAGGCUUUUCCAGGGCCCUAAUUUGUUUCGGGGUAUACAAUCUUUCUUCUGUUCGCUCCUCUUGUCCUCCCUCAUUACCAUGUGAAGUGGUUUUAAUCACUGUGGUUGUAAUGAUUGGAGCCAGAGGAGGUGGUCUUUGUAGUUCUUCUAGUUCCUCACUUAAUGAACUAUAAGGUCCUGGGAGAGGUUCCUCGGAAUAGUCAUAACAACAAGGAGGAUACAUCCUUCUUGUCUGAUCACUCCCAGAUUUUAUUGCUGCUAUUACCCAUUUACUUGCUCUUAAUUCCUCCUUUAGUGUACAUAUUUGCCUUUUGCAGGCAGCAUUCUUUCUUCCUUUCUUUCUUUUCACCCGCAUCCAAGAGUACAAGUCUCAUUGCAGCUUGCCUAUCUUUUGCUUUUUGUUUCCAUUCCUCAAUAUCCUGAACCAAUAUUUCCCACUCAUUUUUUAUUUCAUUUACUUCAUUUUGUGAAUCGAUAAUCUGAACUGAGUUAACGUAGUUGCUCUUAAUGUAUUAGCUUCUGCUUUUAAGCUAACUACUUCUUUAUCCUUUGUCUCUUUUUCUUUUUUUAAUUCUUGUAUUUCUUUUAUUAAUAUAUCUAUUUCUAAAUCCGGGAUACUGGAUGCCUGACCCCAGAAUCUGCCUCCCUCUAGCCUGUGCCUUUGGUGCCCGAUUCUGUUUUCCAUGGGCCUUCUUUCCCUUGUCUCAAUUAACUUCUAAACUGACCCUUCCACCAGCCCUAGUCUAGACUCCCUGAUCUUACUGGGGUUAAACUACUGACCCUUCUACCAGCCUCAAACACUUUCCAGAGCUUCCUAAUUUCUUUUAGGAUUUCAGCUCAGGCAUCAGUAUAACAACAGUUUCUAACAAAUACUCUUUUUAAAAAAAAUUUAUAACAACAAGGCUCUUACUUACCUUGGGCUCCAAAUCCUUAAUGUGCUUUGUGAAACUGGUUUUCAAGACAAUUCAUUAAGAUAAAGAAAAAUAAAAUUUUUACUGCUUGGUGUCACUUGUCCUCUUAUCCAGGGUGUUAUACUUCCCUUAGGCUUCAAAUUGCGCUGUGGGCCCACCCAGGGAUGCCAUGUUGUUACCCCCAAAUUUGGACCCGAAGCACCCCAAUAAUGGCCUCCCUAUAACUGUAAGCCAGUUAUCAAUUUAGCCCAUCUUAAUGGGUAACAGGAGGUGGCCCCCCCCUAGAAGAAUUGCCCAGGUUUUACCAGGGAGUUUGACUCUGACCCUCAGAGGACACCCCAGGACACACAUACAGAUUGCGCUGACAUAAUAAAAGGUGUGAAUUAAAGCCAAUUCAGUUAUUUUGGUGGAUACUUGUGUGUAGAUCAAUCCUAAUAGUCUACU